AUGGCAACCCCGGAUGUGAGCGUCCACAUGGAGGAGGUGGUGGUGGUGACGACGCCGGACACGGCGGUGGAUGGCAGCGGCGUGGAGGAGGUGAAGACUGUGCUGGUGACGACCAACCUGGCUCCUCACGGGGGCGACCUGGCGGAAGACAGUAUGGAGACGGAAAAUGCAGCGGCGGCUGCCGCGGCCGCGUUCACAGCAUCCUCGCAGCUCAAGGAGGCCGUGUUAGAAGUGAAGGUGGCUGAAGAGGAGGAGGGCCUGGAGGCUGAAAUCGUGUACCCCAUUACCUGCGGGGACAGCAGGGCCAACCUGAUCUGGAGGAAGUUUGUGUGUCCGGGCAUCAAUGUGAAGUGUGUUCAGUAUGACGAGCACGUGAUCAGCCCGAAGGAGUUUGUGCACCUGGCUGGCAAGUCCACGCUGAAGGACUGGAAGAGGGCCAUCCGGAUGAACGGCAUCAUGCUCAGGAAGAUCAUGGACUCCGGGGAGCUGGACUUCUAUCAGCACGACAAGGUCUGCUCCAACACGUGCCGCAGCACCAAGAUCGACCUCUCGGGCGCCCGCGUGUCGCUGAGCAGCCCCACGUCCGCCGAGUACAUUCCACUCACGCCUGCCACGGCCGACGUGAACGGGUCUCCCGCUACCAUCACCAUAGAGACCUGUGAGGACCCCGGUGACUGGACCACGGCCAUCGCAGAUGACACAUUUUCCUUCUGGCGAGGGCUCAAGGAUGCUGGUCUGCUGGACGAGGUCAUCCAUGAGUUCCACCAGGAGCUGAUGGAGACCAUGAAGGGCCUGCAGCAGCGGGUCCAGGACCCUCCCCUGCAGCUCCGAGAUGCCGUCCUCCUCAACAACAUCGUGCAGAACUUCGGCAUGCUGGACCUGGUGAAGAAGGUGCUGGCCAGCCACAAGUGCCAGAUGGACCGCUCCCGGGAGCAGUACGCCCGGGACCUGGCAGCCCUGGAACAGCAGUGUGAUGAGCACCGACGUCGAGCCAAGGAACUCAAGCACAAAUCUCAGCACCUCAGCAACGUGCUUAUGACACUCACGCCCGUCUCCCUGCCGCCCCCCGCGAAGCGGCCGCGGCUCGCGAGGGCCACGUCCGGGCCGGCCGCCAUCGCCUCGCAGGUGCUCACCCAGUCUGCCCAGAUCGCCCUCAGCCCCGGCGUGCCAGUCUCCCAGCUGACCGGCGUGCCGCUCGGCAAAGUAGUGUCCGCCCUGCCCUCCCCUGCGCUGGGCAAGGGGCCCACGCAGGCUGCUCCCGCCGGCUCGCCAGCCUCGCCGCUGCUCGGGGGCUACACGGUGCUGGCCUCGUCGGGUGCCACCUUCCCCAGCACGGUGGAGAUCCACCCGGACGCAUCCAGCCUCACGGUCCUGAGCACGGCCGCCAUGCAGGACGGCAGCACUGUGGUCAAGGUGGUGAGCCCCCUACAGCUGCUCACCCUGCCCGGCCUGGGCCCCACCCUGCAGAACGUGGCUCAGGUGUCGCCCGGGGGCAGCACCAUCGUGACAGUGCCCACAGGGGCCGUCGAGAGCGCCGUGGCCGCCUCGGGCCCCGAGGAGCACACUGCCACCAUCGAGGUGGCCGCCAUGGCGGAAGGCCGAGAGCACAAGUAGACGUGGGUGGAGGACGAGGCCUGCCGUGGGCACAGGGCCGGCCGCCUCUCCUCAGGCCGCGGCCGGGCGGGAGCACGGUGCCGGCGCCCUGCGGGCCACGUUGGGCUGAACCAAAGAGAGGAAACACCAAAACAGACGGCGAGAAAAAGGGAUCGAACACAACAGACCUGUGCGGUCAGCCCUCCACUCGGAGCCUCCUCCCCCUUCUUUCUUGGGAAAUACAUUUUUCCAUCUGUUGCUUGUUGAUACUGUUUACACGUCAGGCCUGAUGAGGAGCCGGACAGAGAGGAUGAGGAGGCAGAGCCGGGGAGUGGGGUGCGGACUCUGUGGGUGCGAGGGGCCCCUGGGUGGGCCGGAGCCGGCUGGGGGAGGGGGUGUCGCUAACACAUGUCUUGGGAACCGUCCCCAAGUGUGGAAACCCAUGGAUCCUAUGGAUUUGGUUUCUUCCCACAGUUUUCUGUAGGUUUAGUGUGGCCUGGCACCCUGUUCCCCUGUCUCCGGGACAGCGUGGGUGCUGCUGCGGGUCUGCGCGUGGCCCCGGUCUCGGGGUGGGGGGGCUGGGACUGGAGUGUGGACCCAGGGCCCUGACAGCUUGAGUUUGCCAUCUGCCUUGGGGCGAGAACGGGGCAGUACCCCCACCUCCCUCUGCCCGGCAGGUGCUCAGCGCCAGGGGCCGUUGCACACGCACUGUGGGUGUUUUUAAGUGAAUUGUUUAGUAGGCUUCUUGCAAGAGUCAAAUUUAUAGCAUUUUCAAACUAAACAAUGCUGAGUGCCUAGGCUUCCCGAGUUCGCUCUGGGUUCCAGAGUGUUUUGUACAGGACCAUAGGGAUGGCCCGCGGGCGACUGUGCUGGUGGUUCCUGCUGUGAGCUGUCAGCACCAGCAGGCCCCCCCCCAGGGGAGUGUGACGGUGGCUGUGCCCCUGGGGCUUUGGUCCCCGGGGGGGGGGGGUGGUAGGGUGCAAACAGAAUAAGUCAGGGGCGGAGGAAGAUGUUUGGGGGCUUAGUGUCGACCCCUGUGCUCAGUCCACUGGUGGGGCCACCGUGACAGCUUGGCCCCUGGGCUCCCUGGGACUCCCCUGGCCCCCUGCUGGCUGACACUGGUGCCUGAGGGCACUUGGGAGGCCCAGACUGCCCACGGGGCACGGCCACGGCCGCCAUGGGCUGUCAGCAGGUCUGUUUGAGACCCAGGAGGAGGACCAGGCAGGGGUCCCCUGGAGACCUGGCGCCCUCUCCAUCAGGACCCCACGGCAGGCCCGAGCCUUCAAGUGGCAGGUUCCCGUGCCCCCCCGCCCCCCAACCCUCCAGAUCUUUUGCCUGCUGAAGACCCUUCCUUCUCUAGGGGAAGGCAGGGGGGAACUCCAGAGACAAGCCACUGCCCCACUUUGUGCUUUGAAGGGAACUGGGUUGUUUGUCCGUCCUUCCAUCUGUCAGGUGCCCCAGAACUACCUGAGCGGGUGGGUCUUGGCCCCCGAGUCAAGCCACUGGGGUGGUCUUUUUCCGUUUUCUUUCUGUUGCGAACUAGUUUGUUGUUGUCAUGGGUCAGCUGGUGUCUACACUCCUCUCCACUGAGUCCUGACGCCUUCGGCAGUGUGACCCCGCGGGCGUGGGCACAGCCCAGCUAGUCCUGCCCGUCUGCACCAGCUCAGACCGUACAGGAAACUAUGUGGCUGAUAAGACCACGGUUUGCUCUUGGAGCCUUUGUCAAAGUCGGGCGCACCCGCCCCCUUUGAAGCUGCCACCCCUGCUCUCAGACCACAGGGCACUGGAGGGAAGUUCACACCAGAGCUUCAGAAAUGACCGCAGCCCCUCCCCCUGCCUGGCACCUGUGCCACCCCGGGAGGGUGCGAGCGCCCCUUCCAGUCCCCUGGGGCCAGAACCGCAGGCUGCUUCUGGGGGGCAGGGUCGGUGCCUGGGGCAGGGAAGCAUCCGGGUUCUACUUUGUACGUUGUUUUGCAAGUAUCUGCUUGGUACUUUGAUUUAAAGUAAAAACAUUUUUCGUAAUUUG